AUGUGGCCCCUACUAGUUCCAGUUGUACUGCUGUUCAACGACACGAGGUGGAUAAAUCCCAUCCUGGGAAGCAUCUACCGGGAUAAACCCCACGAAACGGUCCUGCUACUCCGGCACAGCCAGCAGAGCAAUGCAUCUGGCUUGGAGCGAUUUCCCUGGCCGGUUUUGAAUUUCAACGAGCAGAUGGACUUCUAUGCGCGCGGCAGCUUCAACAACGAAAUGCUCGUCAUGAUUUGGCAGACCGGAAAUUUGCAGUUGGACUCGGAUUUGUGGCAGGCACUCGACCGGAGCCUCUUGAAUAUGCGGAAGGUGAGGGUGUUGCUAUUAAGGAAAUGGGAAAAGAGCCCCUCAGCCGACAUUGCCAACACGGCGGAGCAUCUACGUUUUCUUCACGUUGCUGUAAUUGCAGAGAAAAAUAGGAUAUAUCGACUGCAGCCAUUUUCUCCGCAAAGGUGGUUAAAAGUUAAUCCCAUGCAAUCGCCCAUAUUCACCAAGGUUCGGAACUACAAUGGCAGAUAUAUAAUAACUUUACCCGAUCAAUUUCCACCACGUUCGAUUGUCUAUCGCGAUCGGAGGACCGGAGAACUCCAGAUGACUGGCUACGUUUACAAGUUCCUGCUGGAAUUCACUCGGAUCUACAACUUUACCUUUCGCUGGCAACGACCCAUUAAGCAGGGUGAGCGAUUGAAUUUGAUUCUGCUCCGAAAUAUGACCCUCAACGGGACCAUCAACAUGCCCAUCAGCCUGUGUGGCUUUGAGAUGCCUAGUGAUUUGGGUAUUUUCUCGAAUAUCUACGAUCAGGAGGAUUGGUUCAUAAUGGUGCCGCGUGCCCAGGAAAUACCCACCGCCGAUGUAUAUGUGGUGAUGGUGGGCGCGAAUUUCCUCAUCGUCCUGCUGAUCUUCUACUGCAUUUUCACCAUCCUGGACACUUGCUUUGGACCGCUGUUGCUGCAGAAACAGGUGGAUUGGUCGAAUCUGAUCCUCAACGAACGCAUGAUAUCGGGCAUUAUGGGACAGUCUUUUAAUAUGAGUGCCGGGCACACGAUCAGCUCGAGGGUCACCAAUGCCAGCUUGUUUCUACUUGGCUUGGUUUUGAGUACUCUCUAUGCGGCCCAUCUGAAGACCCUGCUCACCAAGAGACCCACUUCAAGGCAGAUUUCCAACUUUCCGGAACUUCGCGACUCCCCAGUUACCGUAUUUUUCGAGGAGGCCGAGAGGUUCUACCUAAACGACUUCAUGUGGCAGCGACCCAUUAGAGUUCUCAGGGAUCAGUUGACUUUCAAGGAGACUGGGGAAUAUAAUGCACUAAGGAGUGGCUUAAAUAGAUCGCACGCUUUCUCUGUUCUAACAUCCGAAUGGAUGAUUGUGGCCAAGCGGCAGGAGCUCUUCAAGCAACCCGUUUUUACUGUUCAACCCGAUCUGCGGAUCAUCAGGACCAGUGUCCUUCUAUCGCUGGUCAUGCAGUCCAACUCCAUCUACGAACAUCAUAUUAAUGAUCUGAUCCAUCGGGCCCACAGUGCCGGAAUCGUGGAGUAUUGGAAGCAGCAAACCCUCCGCGAGAUGAUAACUUUGGGCAUGAUCUCCCAGAAGGAUCCCUUUCCGUAUGUUGCCUUCCGAGAAUUCAAGGUGGGUGAUCUGCUCUGGAUAUGGAUUUUAUUGGCCAGCUGUCUGUUCCUGUCCCUUUGCAUAUUCCUGUGUGAACUUUUGGUUAAUUGCUUUGUCAGAAAAACUAAAUUAAGAGCCCACAACCCCGCCUCUAUCGACUGGUUUACCCGUUAA